AUGAAGAAAUCUCUCCUGCGCAUCCCCUAUACUGCUGAGUUCGCUCCGCCUCCCGUGGUCCCGGCCUCGGCGAACAACCUCCAGGGGGCCGUCGCCGCGCUGGGCGAGUUCCUCACGUCCCCUCUCCCGCGGAGACGGGGGCUUUCUGACCAUACUGUCGUCCUCUCCGGCGCCGGACUGUCCGUGGCUUCCGGGUUGGCAGACUAUCGGGGCACAAACGGGACAUAUCGUCUGAACAAGACAUAUCGCCCCAUCUACUAUCAUGAGUUCCUGAGUUCACACGAGGCAAGGAAAAGGUACUGGGCCAGGUCAUUUUUGGGCUGGACCACUUUGAACAAGGCAAAGCCAAAUGCAGGCCACUAUGCCGUCAGAGAUCUGGGACGGUACGGCAAUGUACGAAACGUCAUAACUCAGAACGUGGAUUCAUUUCACCCCAAGGCCCACCCAGACAUCCCAACCCUGGAGCUUCACGGCUAUCUAAGGUCCCUGGUGUGCACAUCAUGCCGCCACGAGUUCCCGCGAGACGUCUUCCAGGACGAACUGGCCCGGCUGAACCCGGCUUGGGCUGCGUUCCUGGCGGAGGCCAUUGCCUCGGGCGCGCUUGACACGGAGAACCCGGAUGAGAGGAGGGCUCGCGGGAUGCGCACGAACCCGGACGGAGAUGUGGACCUUCCGGAUGCGCCUUACACCACUUUCCGCUACCCGGCCUGCCAGCACUGCCUGGCCAACCCGCCGCCUGCGCAAGACGGGACCCGGCACAGGGUUGAGAUUGACCAGGACGGUGCAUGGGCAUCACCCAGCACCGCGGGCAUACUCAAGCCUGCGGUCAUCAUGUUCGGUGAGAGCAUACCGGGUAGCGUGAAGGAGGCAGCCGAGCAGGCCGUAGACGGGUCCGGUAGGAUGCUCGUGCUGGCCACCUCGCUUGCCACGUACUCGGCCUGGAGGCUGGCCAAGCGGGCCAAGGACCGAGGAAUGCCCAUUGCUAUUGUAAAUAUGGGCGGCGUGAGGGGAGAGGAGACCUUCAUCGCCGACCUGCAUGCCGGACAGGUCGGGGCCGAGGGGGUGAGGGUAGACAUGACCACGGAGCGAUUACUCCCGGACCUUGUCAGUGCCUUGCGGCGGUUGACUCCGGAGGAACCCGUCCCCAACGAUGCGACGCAUCUGGAGAACAGGGGUGCCGGUGUGUUCAAAGAUAUGUUGUCAUGA